GCAGCAGGAAGAGGAAAACCCAGAAGAACCCUGAAUAAAUCUGCUGGUGAAAAGCAUGUGCACUGCUUCUUGUAAGCAGAGUUGGAGUAACAUUGGACUGCAGUAGGAGAUCUGCACAGAAAGAAGUCUUGCAGGAUGAUUGUGAAAAAAGCAUUAAAAACAUCCCUGAUGUUUAAUGAGGCCUCCAACAUGAAAUUAAGUGUGAACAAUCAAAAAGACGUCAAAACGUUUCAAAUCUUAGGGGCAAUUUUGUUACUUGGUCUUGUUGUCUUGGCUGUUUACUUCAUGAAAGUGGAAAGCACAGUUGAUCCUAGCAGAGAAAAAGCAGUUGUCAAUAUUUACAAAGAGAUGGAGGAGAAAGAAGAGCUCUAUGGAGGUCUCCCAGGAGACACAAUAAUUGAAGAGGACACCAAUGGAUCAAAUGAUUCCUGCAGCUUUGAACUGGUGGAAAAUGUUCCUUAUGACUUAGCUUUUGAGAUAAACAGCACUGCAGCCAAACCCCUGUACAAAGCCUGGAUGAGACUCCUUGAUAUAGCCCAGGAAAAAAUUUAUGUGGCUUCUUACUAUUGGUCUCUUGCUGGGAAGGAUAUCAACGUCAAUGAUUCAUCUUCCAAGCAGGGUGAAGAUAUUCUGAAGAGAUUUGAGAGACUACUUGCAGAGAAUGUCUCUGUGUAUAUUGCAGCAAGCAUUCCAACUCUGGCAACUAAUUCAACUGACCUUGAACUUUUAGAGGAAAAAGGGGCUCAUGUAAAGAAGGUUGAUUUUGGACAUCUGGCAGGAGGAGUGUUGCACAGUAAAUUCUGGAUUGUAGACAUGAAACACAUAUACAUCGGUAGUGCAAAUAUGGACUGGAGAUCUUUAUCUCAGGUGAAAGAAUUUGGUGCUGUGAUAUACAACUGCAGCUGCUUGGCCAAAGACCUCUGGAAAACAUUUAGUACUUACUGGGAUCUUGGACAUCCUAAUGCUACAAUCCCAUUCCCUUGGCCUCUUAAUUAUUCUACUCACAUUAACAUGCAUCAGCCUCUGGAAGUAGAAUUCAAUGGAAUCUUGACAAAAGCCUAUUUUUCUGCCUCCCCUCCAGUAUUUUGUCCAGAAGGUCGUACCAAUGACUUCUUUGCUAUAACCAGUAUUAUCAGUGAGGCACAGAAAUUUGUCUAUGUGUCUGUUAUGGAAUAUUUCCCUACCAGCCGUUUCAUUCACCCAGAAAGAUAUUGGCCAGCCAUUGACAACGCUCUGAGACGUGCAGCUUUUGAAUGCAGAGUACAAAUUCGGCUUCUGGUCAGCUGCUGGACCCACUCUGACCCAGCCAUGCUCUACUAUUUGAGGUCCCUGCGUGCUCUCAACAAUCCACAUGCCCACAUCAGUGUCAGCGUGAAACUCUUCAUUGUUCCAGUUAUGAAUCACACAAAUAUUCCUUAUGGGAGAGUGAAUCACAACAAAUAUAUGGUCACUGAUAAAGUAGCCUAUAUUGGGACUUCGAAUUGGUCAGAAGAUUACUUCAUUAGCACUGCUGGUGUGGGAUUAAUUAUCAAACAGAAUUCAACCAACCUGCAGAGAAGUCAACUGCCUAUCCAGGAACAAUUAAAACAUCUUUUUGAGCGAGACUGGAAUUCCAAAUACGCAGUGAAUCUGGAAGAUGUGCAGGGACAGAAAGACUGUAACUGGAGAGGCAGGCCCUGAAGUGAAUUGAAAUACAAAUUCAAAAUAAAACGAAAAACCCCACAUGAA